AUGAAUAGACUAGAUAUUCCCAUAUGGAUAGAUUGCGAUCCUGGGCAUGAUGAUGCAGUUGCAAUUUUGCUCUCUACAUGUAAUCCGUUAUUUCGUGUUUUAGGUAUUUCUGCAUCCUAUGGGAACGCUUCCUCUCAAGAUACAAUUAAUAAUGCGUUAUCGUUGAUUACUGCACUGGGCAAAAGCCAUGCCAUCGGUGUAUAUCAAGGUUGUGUGAAACCGUGGGAGGUGGAGGCGGUAUAUGCGCCACAUAUUCAUGGGAAUAGCGGAUUAGGUGGCACUGAGUUAUUACCAAAACCAAGUGUUGAUGUGAAGAGUGAAUAUUUCCUAGAUGCAAUCGAGGCGGCUAUUCUGAAGAAUAAGGGAGAAUUCUCUUUUGUAUCGUUGGGUCCAAUGACUUGUAUAGCCACGUUGCUAAGGGAGCGGCCAUAUUUGAAACCUCACAUUAAAUACGUAGUGCUUAUGGGUGGCGGUUUAGAUAUUGGGAACAGUAAUGCCAACAAGUCAGCAGAAUUCAAUAUAUUUUGCGACCCACAUGCGGCAGAUUUUGUGUUAACGGACAAGACAAUCAGUUCCAGAUGUGUUCUGAUUCCCUUAAAUCUGACAGGUCAGGUAACGGCCACAGAAGCGGUACUUAAUAACAUUCUGGGGGAUGGUAAAUCCAAUAUUAGAAGGAUGUACUAUGAGUUGCUCGUGUAUUUGAGCCAAUGCUACAGAAGAGAGUGGUUCACUGAACAUGGCGCUCCGAUACACGAUCCAGUGACGCUAAUGCCCUUAUUACAAUUUUACCAUGUUUUAGAUCCGGAUAUUGUAAAAUUCAAGUAUGAAAGAAUGAAGUUAGGUGUCGUUUUGGAAAAAAAUGGUGACGAAGGCAUGCUCAUCAGGGCUUCAGACGAUGAUGGCACUGAUCAAGAAGGUGUUAUUGUGGGUACAGCUGUUUGUGUCGAUUUUUUCUGGCAGAAAAUAUAUGAUGCAUUAGAUGUAGCUACGAGUACUUCUACUAUUGAAUAA